CUUUCUGCGCAUGUUAGCAAGAUAUGGUUCCAGAGUAAACUAAAGAAGACUAACACAAAACUCUCUCUCUCCUUCAAUUCCUCUCUCUCUCGCUGACUAUGGCCGAGUUACAGUUAGUAGAAGGUCACCAGAUUAACGGCGGUUUUAUCCCGCCGGCGAUAAUAAACUCAAUCGAAGCACCGGAAACAUCCGCCGCAGCCGGCGUUUCAGUCGGAUCGAAACGAUUGAGAAGACCUAGCGUUAGGUUAGGUGACAUCGGCGGUGACCAGUAUCACCAACACGUGGUUGCGGCGUACGAUUCUCCGCAAGUGCGACGCCCGAAAUGGAGACCUAGUGGUGGUGGUGGUGGUGGUAACAGGAAGGAGCCGAAUAAUCAGAGUGGGAAGACGACGUCGUCGUCGAGGACAAGAACUAUGACGAAUUUGAGCUCCGGUGGGUAUGAGAAUACUGGAACCCUAGAUGAAGAUCCGAUUUCGGUUGGGAGUUGGCGGGUUAAGAAAUGGGUCAAAUCAUCCGGUGGAGAGACGGCAGCUACGAAUACAGUAUCGGCGAAGCGGGUUCGGUCGAAUUGGGCGAGUAGAAACGAUGGAGAUGAGAAAUUCAGUGGAGGAGAAGAGGGAGAAGAAGAAGAAGAAGAGGAAGAUGAAUUAGGAGAAGAAGGGUUUAGGGAUUUCAGCAGAGAAGAUUCGGAGAGUCCGAUGAAAGAACGAAGACGUUACGAGAAUAGAGAGGUUGAAUUGUUAGGAGAUUGGCAGAGUGGAGGAAGAGGAAAAGAAGGAGUGAAGAUAUGGUUACAAGAGUUAGGGUUAGGAAGAUAUUGGCCAAUGUUUGAGAUGCAUGAAGUUGAUGAACAAGUGUUACCAUUGUUGACAUUGGAGGAUCUUAAAGAUAUGGGAAUUAAUGCUGUUGGGUCUAGGAGGAAGAUGUAUUGUGCAAUUCAGAAGCUUGGGAGGGAGUUCUCGUGAGAAGGGUGGAAGAGUUUUGUUUUUUGUGACAGCCAUUGGCAAUGUAAGCUGCAAUGUCUGAAAGCUUAAUUCUCUCUUUUGAUGUUUUUUGUUUGAAUGUAACAUUUUAGUCAUAGUAGUGUUAGUUUGU